CUAGUAGUGGAAGUGUAAUGUGCUAAGUUUCCAGUUUGCUAAGAAAAUAAUAGUGAAAACAUAAAGCAGUGAAGAAGAGGAACGAUUCAAUCUAUUUGUGUUAAAAGAAACAAAAAUGCCAUGCUGGUAUUAUGAAAAGAAGGAGCUGAGAAAUACACCAUCCAUUCAGGAUGGAAUCGAUUAUGAAACAGAAUGUAGAUAUAGAAAGGAAGGUGCCAGGUUUAUCAUCGACACUGGCACCAAAAUGGACCUGGGAUACAACACGAUGGCAACUGGCGUUGUCUAUUUUCACAGAUUUUACAUGUUCCAUUCAUUCAAAAAUUUCCCAAGAUACGUGACUGCAUGCUGUUGUUUGUUCCUGGCAGGCAAGGUAGAAGAAACUCCAAAGAAAUGUAAAGACAUAAUUAGGAUUGCAAAGUCUUUGUUAACUGAACAGAAAUUUAUGACAUUUGGGGAAGAUCCGAAGGAGGAGGUCAUGACACUAGAAAGAAUUCUGUUGCAAACUAUUAAGUUCGAUUUGCAAGUUGAACACCCAUACAGUUACUUGUUAAAAUAUGCGAAAUGUCUUAAAGGCGAUAAAAAUAAAUUGCAAAAGAUGGUUCAAAUGGCUUGGACAUUUGUUAAUGAUAGCUUAUGUACCACAUUGUCAUUGCAGUGGGAACCAGAAAUUAUAGCUGUAGCUCUCAUGUAUUUAGCUGGAAAACUAAGCAAAUUUGAAGUAGUAGAUUGGAAUGGAAGACAACCGAAACAUUUACGUUGGUGGGACAUGUUCGUCGAGGACGUGACUAUGGAUCUGUUAGAAGAUAUAUGUCAUCAAGUAUUGGAUUUGUAUUCACAAGCAAAUAACGCGAAACCACCGGACUCACCGCCGUUGACACCGUCUAAUGAAUUAGCUAGAGACCGAGCUAUACAACCACCUGUUACAGAGCCAGCAUCGACUACACCGAAUGUUACGCCGGGGAAGAUUAAAGUUGAAGGGUCUGCAGUUUCAGCAAAUGGAUGUUCAACUACAGACACCACAGACGCAAUGAAGCCAAUGGACGUACCGACACACUUCCAAACAUAUGCAGCGAAUUUCGCACCUAGUAAUAUCAAUUACCCUCCAGCAUUUCCACCAACUAAUGUUUCUGUACCCCCGCCUCCUGUAAAUACAAUGAAUCAUAUCGUCCCGCCAAUACAUCAUUUGCCUACUGCCGGUGCCAUCAGGGCUCCACCACCUGCUCCUUCCACACCACAACCACCGUUCCAACCGUAUGCUUAUCCUACAAACGCAACGUAUUUUCCUCCAAGUAAUUCAGUGCCGCCCGCACCUGCACCACGUGCAUAUUACCCGCCACAACCUUAACACAUAAAAAUCGGUAAUACUAUAUUUACGAAGUUUGUUUGUGUAACUAUUAUUAAUAUAAUAAUUAAAAUCCGUAUUACCAUGGAAAUUAUAAUUGAAUUAUUGUAAAUAAUGUAAAUAUGCAAAGUUUAUUAUUGACAAUAGCGUACCUAGAGGGUGAAGCUUUUAUAUGUAUCACAUGAUGUGUGUUUCAAUUUACGACUUCAAAUAGAAACGAAUAGACCGUUUUACAUAUAAA